CCGACGCAAGCACUGGCUCGUGUUCUCCGACACGAUGUGGCGUCUAUUCGUUGCAGUACUCGGUCUAGUACAUCUAUGUAACGCCCUCUUGCCGCCCGCAACUCAAAAAUUCGCAUUGAGUACGCCCCUGCGCCGCGCCAGCUCCAAAGGAGAUUCAUUUGAAUUACAAAGCAGCCCAAAAAAAGCCGACGACGACCCGUACGCCUUCGUCGCCGACGCGGACCUCGCGGCGAGCUACGCCGACAUACCCAACGUCGAGGGCGCCGCCACGCUCCUCGUCGGCGUCGACCUGCCCGGCGCCGCUUUAGAUUUUGACGCCUCCGUCAGCGAACUCGCCGAGCUCGCCAAAGGCGCCGGUCUACACAUUGUAGGUCAACCACUACGACGACGACUGCGGCAGCCCGACCCGCAGACGUACACCGAUGCGCAAGGCGUAGAUAGAAUCCGAGAAGCGAUUGAAGAAUUAGUAGAAGAGGGCGCCGAAGAAGUAGCGGUCGUCUUCGACGACGAGCUCACGCCGGACCAGCAGAAGAACCUCGAGAAACGGCUGCAAGUGGCCUCCAGGGACGAGCUCCAACCGCGGUCGAAAAAAAUUGACAAAAAAAAGAAAGCUUUGGAGAAGCAGGCUCGGGUUUUUGAGUUGCGCCAGGAGUCGCCCUAUCUAUCGCAGGCGGCGGCUCGGGCGAAGAUCAACCAGGAGGAUAGGAAGCUGCGGAGGAGAGGGGAGUCUCCUGUUGUGGCUGUCCGAGUGUUGGAUCGGACCGCUGUCGUGUUAGAUAUCUUCGCGAAGCGAGCUACUACUAGGUCGGGACGUUUGCAAGUAGCUCUUGCGUUAACACUGUAUCAGACGCCGCGGCAGGGCGGUCUGUUCCGCGGCAUCGACGACGAGCGCGAAACGGGCGGUUCCCUGGGCACGAACAAACAGGAGCGACGUAGAACGAUGGACGUGGACCAGAAGACGAUGCGCGACCGAGCGGCUCGCUUGAACAGAAAAAUACGGGCGCUCGAGACGCAUCGCGAUUUACAGAGGAGGCGACGAGCGAGGCAGGGCGCGCCGACGGUGGCGCUAGUUGGCUACACGAACGCGGGCAAGUCGUCACUCCUAGCGGCACUCGUAAAUGAAGAAGUCGAAUCCUUGGACGCGGACGACGAGGACAAUCGCUUUAGUGUGGACGACAAGGUCUUCGCGACGCUAGAUCCGUUGACUCGUAGAGUCCAAGUCGCGGACCAGACGGCCCUCGUCACGGACACGGUCGGGUUUGUGUCCAAGCUCCCGGCGCAAGUCGUCGCCGCGUUCCGAGCCACGUUAGAAGAGGUCAGCAAUGCGGCCGUCAUCGUGCACGUCGUCGACGCGUCGGCGCCUCGCCAUAUCAUCCGCGCGAGGUGCCAGGUCGUCGACGAAGAGCUGGACGCGCUCGGAUGUCGAGGGACCCCGAAGCUCGUCUUCUACAACAAGUUGGACGCCAUGCAUGAUUCCUCUUCCUUAAGAGAGAAGGCGGCCGUCUCGAAGAACGUGGCCGUCGGGUCUGCUGCGGCUGGAGAUUUAGGUUAUUUGAGAGAGCAGCUUGCGGGCAUUCUCGCGGACGCGUUGCUGGACGUGCGCGUGACCCUACCUUAUGAUGAUGCGUCGUAUGGCGGCGUGCGGGACGAAAUUCUAAAUCGCGGUCGGGUGUUUUCCGAGGCUCAUGGCGACGCGGCCACCGACUUGGUCGCGGCGGUGCCCUGGGACCUCGCCGGUAGAUUGCGGCCGUACAAGAGUAAGUGAGUG